UCACUCCCCAGCCAGACGGACAGCUGAACAGCGGACGCUUACUGUUGACGUUUUGUUUUGAUCGCUCUGAUCCUCAAUUUUUUGGGAAUCAACCCGACAUUAUUUGCUGACUUAGACGCCUGCCUUUCUCCUCUGCCAUCACGCCUGAGUGCGGGGAUCCAGCGAAGAUGAAAUGGAUGUUUAAAGAGGACCAUUCCCUCGAGCACCGAUGUGUGGAGUCAGCCAAAAUACGCAACAAAUACCCUGACAGAGUGCCGGUGAUAGUGGAGAAGGUCUCCGGCUCCCAGAUAGUGGACAUCGAUAAGAGGAAGUACCUGGUGCCCUCUGACAUCACGGUGGCCCAGUUCAUGUGGAUCAUCAGGAAACGCAUCCAGCUGCCUUCAGAGAAAGCCAUCUUCCUCUUCGUUGACAAGACUGUCCCUCAGUCCAGUCUCACCAUGGGCCAGCUGUACGACAAGGAGAAAGACGAGGACGGCUUUUUGUACGUGGCCUACAGCGGAGAAAACACCUUUGGUUACAACACGGGGUUAUAACUUCACCGAGUACCAGUCUCCCCCCCGACACACACGUACACUUACACAGUAGGGCCCGACACACACCGGUGGGGGUGCACACAGCUUCAGACAUUGGCCUUUACGUGUGUUGUCAAGUAUUGCGUCUACACAUUUGGCACUUUUGGCACAAUUGUCAAUUUUUAUACCGAAAGGAAGAGAAAAAAAAAAGAAA